GCCAAUUUUAGAAAAACUUUUAUGCAUGUGCAAACCCACAUACGACCGAAUUAAUUGACAGCUGUCAAGAAAACAGAUCAAAAGGUAAAUCCCUUGAAAAAGUGGAAGUCGCAGAUGCCAAUUUCUCGAUCGAGUUGCAGCUGGCACCAGUCACUUGCAUUUCUGACGUUGUGUCAUUCGUGCAGUUCGCCGUCUCAACUUUUGAACUUCGAUGCAAUAUUGCGGUCACGGCAAAAUUUCAGUAUUUUUUUUUGGGCUGUGUAACUUCUAUUGUACAUCUACUGCAACGUAGUGCAUUUUCGUAAUAAUCAUGACAGUGAAAGAUGAUUUUAGCGAUUCGUACGAGUCUCCCAGUGGCCAAAGGAGCCAAGAAGAGGAAAAUCUUGUGAUAUUUUGUAAGCAGAUGCUUAAAACACGUGUAUUUAAGGGAAGCUACCAGGAGCGACGCUACGUUGAGAGUCUACAAGGCUAUCGGGACCUGAUAGUCCUGGACAGCUGCGAACAUGAGCUGAAAAACGAUUUGAAGUACAUUCACCACAGAAUUUCAAACUUCUACAGAAAUCCGGAACUCUGGUUAGGGGUAACGCUGCCUGACAUGGUCGGUGCUCCGGCUGGUACUUGCAUUUGGACUGAUGUCGAAGGCAACCCAUUCGGAAAGUAUUGGUUCCAAAUUAGGACGAUUCGUUUCAGGACAAACGAAGUAUACAUAAAGGUGAAACCGCUGCGUUCGGUCAGUGGCGAUGCACUGUCCACUGGCAACGUAGGGUCUCAAGCCGAGAAUGAUCAUAACAUUUCAAUGGAAGGUUUGACUAAGGAGAAUAUCGUCAACUUGCUGUUAUCAUGGAAACGGGCUAUUAGCACUGGCCUAAUGAAUUUCCUAUGGAACGAUAUCAACAGGGAAAAUAUCGUGGCUGCAAUCAGGUUCACUUUUUUGCUGUUCUUGUCCAUUUUGGCUGGUUCAUUUGAGUUAAUAAAGCAUUUAGGUGUUUUUUCGAUACGACUUUUCGCCGAGGCGCGCUUGCUUUUACACACGGCUACGCCGAUUAUCUUGAAGAUAAUCGAACUGUUAGGCAAAGUUAUCGGUGGCUUCUAUAUCCUCAUAGCUAUGAUUUGGCGUGAUCUAACUGGUUCCCGUGCUAGAGAAGUACCCAGAGGGUUGGCACCGCCAAGGAAUCAGUAUCAAGCAAUCUCUAAUAGACCAUUUUAUAUAAAUAAAAGAGCAUUUUAAAUUAUUCACGAGAUCAUUUUAAGUAAAUGAAAUUUUUGUAUAAAUACGCUUACCACUAUAAGUUUAAGUAUAUUGGUUGUCACGUUAACAUGUUUACAUACAUAAUUAUGUAAAUGGAUCUGUUUUCCCUUUUUGUAUAAUGUGAUGGAAUAAAUAAUCACUGAAAUGUGGGUAAA